AAUUCAAUCAUCAAAGGAAUUGUGGUGCUAUAUAUUAUGAGAAAUUGGCAGGUUUUAGUAAUGUUUAAUAUCGCGGUGUGGACCUGAUCACUUGCACUCAGGGGUCUGGUGUAGCCCAGGGAGCGCAGGUUAGAAUACCCCCGUCUGUUCAAAAUGGAUUCCUCCAUAAAUGUUUCCAAUGAGCAGGCAAUCACUCUUGAAGGUGUGAGCUGCACCUGCAGACUAAACAAAACGUGUACAAAACCACCUCCACCUGCAAGCGUUUCCCCAAACAAAAGAAAAGAUAAUCUCGUCACGCCAUCCUGAAUGGGUCCACUCCGAGUCAGCGCGCCAGAGCAGAUGGACCAGCUUUCAAACUGGUCUGGCGUGGGAGAUGACAUCACGGACGAGACAACGUCUUUGAUAGAGGAUGAGGUCUCUGACGAGGGAGGAGAUGAGAGCUCAGACAACCAGACGAACUGUAUCGGCGUGCCAUCGCCCCCCGUGCCCACCUACAAACAGAGACUGGAUGACUUCCGGAGGUUGUUCAAAGAUGUGGCAAGCUCAGAUAUACUCCUACUUGACUACCCGUGUGCUCUCCAGCGAGACAUACUCCUGCAGGGACGUCUCUACCUCACCCACAAUUGUCUUUGUUUCUACAGCAACGUUUUCCGUGGCACUAAGAUUAGCCUGGCCCUCAAAGACAUCAGCCACAUGAGCAGGGAGAAAACGGCGCGAUUCAUACCCAACGCCAUCCAGAUCUGCACCAGCAAGGAGAAGCUCUUCUUUACUUCCUUCUCGGCGAGAGAGAAAAGUUUCAACGGGGUUUUCCGCCUGUGGCAGAACGCGCUGCUGAACAAGUCGCUGACCAACGCAGAGGUUUGGCAGAUGGUCAAGCAGCACUAUGGAAAUGAGCUGGGCCUGAGCCAUGAGGAGAUGGAGAGCACACAGUUUCCUGCGGACAUAAGCAUGCAGAGCAGGCACGGAGGCGACGAUGGCUGUUUUGCAAAGUUGGAGAAGACGCCAACCAUUCGUCUUCCCGCACCGGAGCUGCCAUCUUUCGAAAAUGAAGAGGUCUCCUCCGCCGCCAGUUCACUGAGGUCUCCUUUCGAGGAGGAGCGCCGCAUCUCCCUGUCUCCGCACCGCAGUCCCGUUCCAUUUGUGGACCGCUCCGAACCGGAAUCGGUCACCUCGCGUUUACAACCUUCCCUGGUAGAGGACGGCGUGUCUCAGGAGAGCGGAUCGGAGAGUGUGGAAGAAGCCGAGGAGCGAGUUGGCCUGCCGAAGGAGCAGGGUCGCCUGUACCUCAACAAGGUCUUCCACAUGAGCGCCAGCCGAAUGUUCGACCUGCUCUUCACAGAGUCCGCCUUCAUCCGCCGCUUCAUGAGCGUGCGCAAGAUAACCAAUCCGAGCUUUGUGGCGUGGCAAAAAGACCCAAGCGGGGACAUGAAGAGGAGCUUGAACUACACCAUAACUAUCACUAAUCCCCUGAUUGGAAAAUUCUCCACGGCAACGGAAUACCAGACGCUGUACAAAGAGUCUCAGGAGGGUCAGUCUUACCUGGUGGACUCGGAGGUGUACACCCAUGACGUGCCCUACCACGACUACUUCUACACACAGAAUCGCUACUACAUCAAAAGUCACACCAAACGCAAGUGUCGACUCAAGGUGUAUACGGAUGUCAAGUACAAGAAGCAGCCGUGGGGCCUGGUCAAGUCUUUCAUCACCAAGAACUCCUGGAGCGGCAUUGAAGAUUAUUUCAGACAGCUGGAGGCGGAACUUCUGGAGGAGGAAGCCGAGAUCAACCAGGGAGCAGCCGAGGUCGGUGGGCUGCGGCGGAGGCGGCGGACGUUCAGCCGGACGAUGCCAGAGCACAUGAAGCCCAAAAAGCAUUUCGGCCAACCGCCUGACGAACACAGAGACGGCAAUAUGGGCCCGGCGGAGAGGAGCAGCCCGCACAGAUGGAAUAUCACAGCGAUCGUGGGUGCAAUGAGUGUGAUUUUGCUGAUCCUGACGGUGCUAAAUGUGGGCUUGUUCGUCAAGUUGUUGGCCAUGGAGGACGUGGCCCACCGCAUGUACCUGACGACAAAGCAUCGGCUGAAGGAGAGGGCCGAGGCCAGCAUCGCGCCCGAGUACACUUCCAGGCAGGGUCCACCAUUCAGGAGCAGAGAGGAGGCGCAGCUGCUCAGAACUGUCCUGCAGGACUCCAUCAACCUUUUAGAGCAGCUCCGCCGUUCCCUGAUGCUGCUGCAGCAGAGAUUUGCAUUGGCCAAUCAAACGACGGUUUCAUACUGACAACCCUCACUUUGUUUUUAUUGCUACCGACUGACCUCUUGAAAUGUGCCUUUUGUGCGAGUCGCAGCCAUAAACCAAAUGUAAAUAUUUUAGGAUUUUGUUUUAUUGUCAGAAAGGUAAUCAUUAUUUACCAAUGUUUUUGUUUACAAGUUUGCACAUUUUUUAAUUUUUUUGCACAAGGGCCUUGAGCCCAGAAUGUGUUUUUACAAAUUUCUUGAAAUAAAUUACAUCAUUCAAGUCUUA